AUGCUCCUCCACAUAGCCAAAUUUCAAUCAACUUCUAGUUUUUCCUCGAUUCACUUGUCAACCCUCUCUUCUCGUUUUCGUUGUUCGCGAACUUUUUCUCUUGCGUCUCUCCGUUCUCGUCCUGCCCUCCAUUUCUACUCUACUUCGACCAAAAAGCCUUCGUUAUUUUCAAAAUACUAUGAUCAAUUUCGUUCCAAGCCUUCGUCUUAUGUCAUUUCCUUUCUUCUCCUUCAUGAAAUAACAGCCAUUGUUCCCAUUCCGCUAGUCUAUCUUGCUCUGGACUAUACGGGAAUACAAGUGCCUUUACCAGAGAACAUGCUACAGGAAGGGAACAAGAGGAUAAAUGCCAUGUUAAGGUAUUUUGGAUUCAGCGAAGUUGAACAGGGUAGCAGAGUUGCUUUUCUGGCUGCCAGCAGCUAUGGCAUUGUCAAGAUGCUGAUGCCGCUGAGAAUCGCGAUGUGUGUAUACCUGACUCCAUUCACGGCAGAGCGUAUAAUGGGACCGGCUUUAAAUUUCUCGAAACGUCUACUUAGAUUCAAGCCUAAUCGAAAAUCCGCAGAUUGA